AUGAUGUUGUCUACGUGCGUAUCGCUGUUGGUUUUGUGGAGUUCUUUACUGUUCACGAACACCACUUUGCCUGAUUUUAAAGAGAGUUUUGGCAUUGCGACCGUGUCCAACUUGUCCUGUGGGAAUGCACGGAUUGGGCCGUCGAAUGGCUCGUUCAAUUCGUCACUGUGGUCUAUUGGCAUUUCAGAGAGAUCUUUGCUCUCAUGCGCUGUAGACAUUGAAAUGGGCCGCGUUCGUUCUCGACUCUACACGGAUGUUGACGUGUCCCCAAGUGCGGUGUCUCUCUUGAGAUCCUCGGAUGAUCAGUGCUCCAAUGCCGUUUUUACCAAGGACGCCUGCGUGUUUAGUAUGACAUUGGAUAACGUCCGGCUCGACCCUCCUGAUCCAAUGCUUGAAGCGCUGAUAUCUUUGUUGAAGGAAACAAUUAAGAAAAAUUCGGGUGUUUACUUUUGUGACGUUCUUGUCCCCCACUUUGAGGAUGAGCUGAAGAAUCAAACGGUGAAUCUACCGGAACCACUUCUCCCUUUUGUCCACGGCGCUACUCCUUUAAAUGGUUCAACUAUUUUUCGUGGGCUGUUGAACAUUUUGAAUAAUCUGCCGGACAUUUUGAGUAUACGACUGAAAGCAACUGAGCCUUCCAAUACGACAAUUCAACUGCAUUUGAAUUUUUCUCAUGGAUUUGAAUUUUCAAAAACCAACAUGACAUGGAAUACUAGUGGGUUUGGCUUUUUGCCGGAGAUGUUUCAGUCAACAUUGGAUGCGCUUUUUGAUGUUCCUGUUGUGUGGAAUGAAGCUGGACCUUCUGCUGGCGCUGAAGAUCUUGGUAUAAAAAUUCGAACACCGCGCCCUUUUAAUAUGUCGGUAGAUAUCUCAAUGUAUAAUCUUACUUGCGGAACUGACGGGUUCUACUGUAGUCUACCAUGUACCAAUGGAAUUGAGCUGCUAAAUCUGCGUCUAUAUGGUUUGAAUGAGUGGGAUCGGCUUGUUGUGAACUACAUUGGUCCUUUUGUUAUGCAGAGAAUUAAUGAACUUUUUAGUUCCAUGAUAAUUCCCUUUUGUAAUACAACCGACAAUCGCUUUCAAAUCCCUAUAAAGGAAUCUCCAGAUAUUGUUUCUGUGCCUCCAACAGAAGUAAUCGUUCCUUCUGUGCUUGUUGGUUUUGCACUGGUAUUUGGGUCAACUUUUUUGAGCAUCAGGAAACAUCGUAAAUCCCCUGUGUAUUUGCUUGAUGGAAGCAUCAUACCACUUUGGCGUGUGCUGUUGGAGGAUACGCUACUGAUUCUGAUGAUUGUGGUAAACGCGCUGGCGUUUCUAUGGUCAAAUUGCACCACCGCCGCAAGGAUUGUUGCUGGUGAUGAAGUGACAUUGCUGUCCUUCUCUCUCAUGGAGACGUCUACGAAUCUUUACAAAGCCGGUCUGAGGCCAUUUGCGGUACUGGUUUUUGUUUUUAGUGGGCUUUAUCCGUACCUUAAACUGUUUACUAUUAUGACCUGCACACUUGUUCUUCAGAAGCCGGAGUCGAUGGUAUUGAAGGUGAUUGAUUAUUUUGGGAAACUCUCAUUUCUGGAUUCAUAUGCGAUGGUGGUUAUGUCUAGUGGCCUGCAGAUGGAGGGAAUUGCAGAUGUGAAGAUUAUUGCUGGGUUUUACGUCUUUCUUGCGGCAACGGUUCUUUGUGUUUUUACCGGUAACUACGCCACAACUUUUUGGCGUCGCAACACGUCGCUUCGUAUGCGAUCCAAUUCAAUAGCCCGAUCCAUGAAGGAAGUUCCAGAUGAAGCGUUACUUUUGGUUUCGUUAACUGUGAAUGAGAGGCAUGUCGUGGAGAUGCCAAAUACCCCUCGAAGUAAUUUUCGAUCCCUGUUUUGGCGUGUACUCAAUGCUUUGUUUGUUGCCGCUUGUAUUUUACCGCCAUGGAUAACGCCAUGUCUGAGCUACCGGGUGAGAGGUGCCGCUACUCUUAUUCAGCCAAAUGACCGGAAUAUGACGCUGUAUGAGCUUUCUUCCGCGUCCACUUCGCUUCUUCUGACAUGUGUGUUUACUAUCGGCAUUGCUCCGCUCUUUUAUGCUGCAUUUUACCCACGGUUGGCUCUGCUUGCUUCUUGGGGCGCGGCGGAUGCAUUCCUUCUGGCGUGUGUGGCCGGUAUAUUUCAGUUGGAGAGGUUUGUGGAGUUUGUUAUUGGAACUAACAUGAGGAGCUUGUACACGGCAGAGGCACGCCUUCUCUGGCCCAUGAUCCCGCUUUUAAUCGCAUCUGUAUGGCAGUGGGUUCUUGCGGCGGAACAUGUCUUUGGGUUGUCAGAGUUUAUAAGAAAUUACCGGGCGAAACCUCUGGAGACGCCUGCAUCCCAAAUGGGGCGGGAGGAGGAUUUACUUUUGAUGUGA